AUGCAAUCAAUAGAAUCUAAAACAAUAGAUUAUUUGGAUGAGAAUUUCUAAACUAGUUGUUUAGAAAGAGAGAGAAAAGAUAGGAACAAUGUAACUCUAUUUAUAUUUCUUAGACUGAUUUGGUUAAACAUAAGUGGAUAUAUUACAAACUCAAAAUUACAAAAAAAGAAUAUUUCAAAAAAGUGAAAAUAAUUAAUCUGAAUAUCCUUAAAACCAGGAUGAUUCAUAAGGAUGUUUUAACUUUUAAGAUGAAAGAUAUUGAAGGAGUAAACAACAGAAACGAAUUAAUAUGCUACAUAAAACAAGAGAAUUUAAUAACAUAGUUAAUCGUUUAAAAGAGGAUAGAUACAAAUAUAAGAAUAACUCGAAUGAAAACCUGUAAGAUUAAAUCACUUCUUUAGUUAGGGUUAAGUGA